CCUUGCUGCAGACGAUGAGUCAUGAAGGCUUUCAGAUUCAGAGUACGAGGAUGUGUAUCACAAGAUGAAAAGGGAACAGUUCUGUGAACACGCCUCGUGUCUGGAGCGAGUCCUCCUCCUUUUAAUAAAGUAUUGGGCCUCCAGUAGGAGAUUUGCUUACAAUUGCUUUAUGAAGGAGACAGUUCAUCUCACAGUAGAGUUGAAAUUGAUGAGCAAACAAGCACCAAGUGAGGCGGACAACCUUUGCUCCUUAUCUCAAGUAGCACACAGGUUUCGUUGGGUCGUGUUCUGGGGGCUGGAUAUCAACCUCUCUUUGACAGGUGUUGUUCUCUCUAAUGAGAAGGAGAUGUGAGAUUAAAGCACUGCUGCUGUGAGUCAAUAAAUCCAUAGCCUCGCUCUCUUACACACCUACCAGACCUGCAGUUUGUCUCCUGUGACUGCGAGCCAGGCUGCUGCGACUGCAGGUAUGAUUCCCAUUACAUACUGUAAAGAAGUGACACAGGAGAGCAUCGAUUGGUCCACGCUUAACUUACAGGAAGAUAUCUUAGACAGCGGGUGACAGCAACACUCCCACGGCCGGCAUCAUUCCCACUGCACUCUCUGCAGCCAGGGGACUACGUAGUGGUGAAAGACUUCAGGAGAAAAAACUGGCAAGCCGGAAGGUGGCAGGGACCAUUUCAGGUGUUACUCACAACCCACACAGCAAUAAAGGUUGCUGAAAGAGCCACUUGGAUCCACGCCAGCCAUUGCAGAAGGGUACCGGACCCUAGCACAACCACUCAGACACAACAGACCAACGACGAGGGUGUCACUGACAUUGGCCAGCACGACUAGCGGUGGCUGAUUAAGUGAGCGUCACAAGUGACGUACGCAGUUACACUGCCCUCAACCAACUCUACAAUAGGGACAACACAUUGAAGUACCUGACAACGACAACGCCAUGGACCGCACCAGACCAUGGCACCCCUUCAGACAGCCAGGGCUGUGCGGCCUUAGAGGGACACUUUGUUGCCUUGGGCUGAUUUCUGUGGUAAUUGUGGUAACCAUUUUGCUCACCAUUGAAACACACACACCUGAACGACAUAACACAACCACGUCAGCAAACCACACAAACCGCACACGAACAUGUAGGACAGCAGGACAGGUAAAAACAAUGUCACACCCUUGGUUGAACCCUCCACCGAAGGUAGAACACCUCUAUCAGCAUAAUCUAUGGUGGCGCUACGCUAAUCACACUGCUCGCUCCGCGAAUCAUUGCAAUUGCUAUGUUUGUUCCCUGAUGCCAGUGGCGUCCACUCACCCUAAGGUCACUGUCCGCCCCUUACAGGGACCGUAUGUCGACUGCUGGCUCCAAUUGGCCUCUAGGGGAGUAGUGCACGACUGGGUAAGUAAUGGUACAGUUUAUAACUCCACCACGUGCCCCCACUCAGUUGUCCGUCUUCCCGGCUCUGCAGACCAAUUCACCUUACCGGUAAUUCCAGCUCAUGGCCAAGUCCACCCUAUUUGUGUAGCGCAAACAGGCACUCACUCUGUGGGACUGAUCCCAGCUCGCCACUGCUUGAGAGUACUCAUUGCGGCAGACAUAGUGAUAAAUGACAACUGUAGCAACGCUAACAUUAGGAACAGCUCCCAGCCGUGUAUUCCCCCUGACCAACUGUAUGCAUUUAACAGAUAUCCUACUUCCCCAAGCAGCACACAGCCCUUAUGUAAUGACUUAGAUAACUCACGAUGCGCCGUAUUUAAGUUGAUUAACAUGUCCUGCCCCAGCGGUUACAAUUGCACCGGCAUCCCUUUCAACUAUGUACCUGGUGACAAUGGCACGUACCCAGUGUCCCAGGCUUGGUGGCUGUGUGGAAACACAGUGUACGCGAAUCUUAGGGCUCACUGGUCAGGUGUCUGCGCUCCAGUAUUAGUAUCAGAUCAUACUAUUGUAAUCUACACAUACUCUGACGACAGACCGCGCCAACGACGUAACGCACCGACCUUCGCACGCCACGACCCCAUCUGGGGCACUGAUGUGCCUCAACAAUUCAAACACUGGAGCACCAGUGAAAAGGUAGCCAUGGCUCUAUUUCCAUGGGUCGGUACUGCAAAGAACACACUGAGAUUGGAGACUGUAGAUUAUCGGUUGCAAACAUUUCUAAAUUACACCCUGUCCACACUGAAAGGCGUAAAGGAUGAACUUACGUCAUUGCGUUUGCUCUCAAUGCAGAACUGUCUGGUGUUAGAUCAACUUACGGCCUCACAGGGGGGAGUUUGUGCACUGGUGGGGGAAUAUUGUUGUACUUUUGUUCCUGAAAAUGAUGCUGAUGGUCAUGUUAUUUCAGAAGGUAUAGCUAAUAUCACUGCUUUGCAAGCGGCUAUGAUUGCGGAUCACAACCUAGGUGAAGAUUGGUUCCAGUGGUUGUUCUCUAGCUGGAAAGGGUUAUUAUUGAAGGCAGGGGUUAUCUUGCUCCUGUUCAUCCUUCUAACCCCCUGUCUUAUUCCUCUCAUACGACGUCAAAUCUCAUCAAUGCUAACUCGCCAACUCCUAGCUUACUCCCCUCUCACGGGAAAAGAGGAUCUCCCCACCAACACACCCGCUCUUUUUCCUAUUCCAGAUUAUGGAGAUGACACUGAUGAUACUGAUGACACUGAAGCCUCAGAUACUGUGUAAAUAACUUGUUGAGUUCCCCCUUGCUUGCGCUAUCAUACAAGGUCCCUAUGACUUUACAAAAACAGCAAUGGCUUUCAUUUUCUCUGAUAAUGGUAACUGUUUGAAUCUGAGUGAAUUUCAGUUACUGACACCACACAGUUGAAAAUUUUGUACAUAUUUUUUAUUGAUCAAUGGUAUGAUCAAAAGGGGGGAGUGUAAUGGAAAAUCUUAAUACACUAUAAUACACUAUAUGUAACCUCGUGCUUAUGAACUACUGUGUGUGCAAAAUGUAUAUCUGUUCCAAGGUUGCUCUCAGCACCUGGUAAUUUUCCCACACGAUAAAGACUAACAGUCAACCUGUGGUUACAAUGUCUCUGUUAUUGAGGGAGGAGAGGCUGAACCCGGUGGAGACUGGCUCCAGGCAUCUCCUAUGAAUACAAGGUCAUGAUGCUCGUUAGCAUGACUAGCUGUUACCUACUUUGUACCUCCUGUUUUUGCUUCUUCAGUAAAUGAGGGUGCAGCCCUGAGAAGAGAGACCUUUUCAUGCUGUCAAGCUGAGAGGCUCGCUCUGCGCAGAGCUACACCCGGGGAAAAA